AUGUCUCCAUCUACAUUACCAUUAAAGGAAUAUUCUGUUGAUACCCCACGUCAAACAUUACUUAAAGGCGCAGAACAUCUUUUGAAAUCAGUUCCCAAUUGGAACCCUGGCAAAACUUAUUACGAAGAUACUAAACAUGUUACCAAGAUUUCCCAUGAUACAAUCGAUGGUGAUUACUGGUGUGCUAGACGCACUGCGUUGAGAGAUAUUCCAAUUGAUAAAUUUAAAUCAGCCAUUAUUGGCACUACUGAGAUUGGUUUCACUCAUUCAGAUCAUGAAAUUAACUACGUUCAUGAAAUUGAGCUGAUGCAAGUUCGCAAUAUUCAAAAUUAUGAAGAUAAUGGAUGGAGUUAUACUAUCCAUGCUAUCUACGACUUUGGAUUCCCCUUGAACAAAAGACUGUUUAAUGAAUUGGUUCAUGUUUUUGUUUCCAAUGAUAAGGCUUUGGUUGUUAGUGUUCCAAUUGCGGGAGAAGUUGAGGGGGUUUUGGGUAGUUAUGUAUCUGUUGAAGAGAUUAAGUGGGAUGCAGACAGUGUUGAAUGGACAGUGGCAACUACUUCGAAACCAGGAGGAAUUGUUCCUGAAUGGGUUACCAAGUUAAGUAUCGGUGGUGCAAUAGCUAAAGAUGUUCCAAACGUGCUUGCCUAUAUUGAAAGCAACAAGUUUUUGGUGCAGGUUGGUUAA